GUUUGUUGUUCCUCUCAAAGCUCAAUCCUCUGUUUCUGUUUAGUUGACUUUAAAAUAAUUCCAUCAUUCAUGAUUCGUGAUCAUUCAUUGAUUCAUGAUCCGUGUUGAUGUUGUUGUUGUUGAGACAUAAUUUAAAUGAAAUUUAAAUAGUAAUCAAGUGUAAACAGGAUUUAUGAGUUCUAGUUAUUAUUUGAAUUACAUGCGUUUAACGUUAUGUCUGCGUCGAAUUCUACAGAAAUGCCAAGGAUUAUGUCAUCAGUUGGAAUAAUCAAUGACAUUAACCCUGCAUUACUAUCCAAUGUUCUACUUGUUUUUGUCAAAAGAUUAAGUGAAGAUCAACAUGUUGACCAAAUAUUUCAUGAUGAAGAGAAAUUAAAGUUAAAGGAAGUUCUGUCAUUGCCCGAUGAUUCAAGUCUUGAAAUGGUGUUAUCCACACUACUUUACAUAAUCCGACAAGCUGCAUAUAAUCUAAUGAGACCAGCAAACUUCUUAAAAUAUUUGAAUGAAUUGGGUUUCAGUGAGCAGGUGUCAAGCUUGCUUUCAGAACUGUGGUCUGUUCAUGCCAAGUCCAUCAUUGACACACUGAAAAAAGAACCUUGUUCACUUCUUAAGGUGGAAAGUGUCGAAUCAUCAAUGCACUACGUCCUGUCGUCCCACACAGGAGGGCACACUAAAGUUCCAGUGGCAAUUCUUCACUUGAACGUGAAUGGAAGCGAUGUAACCGGCGACGGUAAACCUUCCAGUUCAUAUUCCUUAAAUAACAAAUGUAAAUCCACAAUUUCCUUGGAGUUUACUCAGCAGGAAUUACUUUCGUUUUAUCAAAUGUUAGAAACAGUUCAAAGUAAUUUGGAUGAGCUUAUGGCGUCGACAACCUGAUUAACCAAUCAUUUA